AUGUCUUUGCAACCCAUUUCGCGAAGAGUCGCUCAGAAAAUUUUUGCUCAAGAGCAGGGCGACGGUGUUGGCGUGCGUUUGCGCCGUGCAAUUGGCAACCAGCAAAUCCGCAACCUGACGCCAUUCCUCAUGCUGGACCACUUCCGCGUUGACGAAGGUACCGGCUUUGCGGACCACCCUCACCGCGGCCAGACGACCGUGACCUACAUGCUCGAUGGCUAUAUGGAGCACGAGGACUUUGCCGGCCAUCGCGGCAUUAUUGGUCCUGGUGACAUCCAGUGGAUGUGCGUGGGCCGUGGUAUGGUGCAUGCCGAGAUGCCGCGCCACUAUGACGAACAGGGCCGCAAGUUGCCUCUGCCGGAGGGCAUGCAGCUCUGGCUGGACUUGCCGAAGUCCGCCAAGAUGAUGGAGCCGUCGUAUCAAGAACUGGCGUCGAAAGAAAUGCCAUACCAGAGCCCCCGCCCCAGUGAACCUAAGGAGACGGAAGGCGAGGGCUGGCGCGUUAAGGUCAUUGCAGGCCGGAGUCAUGGUGUUGAGUCGCCCGUGACGUGGCCGAACGGGGCGGGUUGCUGGUUUAUGGACAUUGAGCUGGACCCGCACGGAUGGAUUUUCCAGGAGCUGCCGACGGGGUGGAACACAGUUCUCUACAUCCUCAACGGCACGGUCGUUAUCUCGGAGAGCGAGGCGGAGUACAAGCGCCACGAUCUACUUGUGCUGACGACACCUGAGAAGGUCGACGGUACUGAUGGCGUGAAGAUUACUAACCCGACGGACAAGCCGUCGCGUGUCAUUCUCAUUUCGGGUGAGCCGAUGAAGCACAAGGUCGUCCAGUACGGACCAUUUGUGAUGACCUCCCCGGACGAGAUAUACCAUGCGAUUGAGGACUACCAGUUGAACCGCAACGGGUUCGAGCGUGCCAAGAACUGGCACUCUGAGAUUGCCAAGCGUCUCAUGUAG